GCUCGUUCUGCAGACGAGCAGUGGCAGAGAGUUUAAGACUCCGACGGCUGUUCUACUCGUCUCCAAGAGUUGAGCCACAGUCCCUUUUACUUUGCACCAGGUCAGAAACGUAAUCAGCCCUUUAGAGCAGGGACCACCUUCUGAUGGGAAUCCGACUGGGAAACGCUGGGGAGGCUCUACCCUCGAAGAUAAGAUGCAUGUUUCCAGCUGUGCGAGAUACCAACCCGAGGCUUGAAACGAGGAAGAGGUGACCGGGUUUGCUAAAUAACCCUCCUAUUGCUUACAAAUAGUCUAGCCGGUCAAAUAGAUGUAAGCAAAGAAGAAAGCACCAGGGUAUAAAACUGUCACAGCAGCUUCGAAGACAGAUGAUUCAGAUUUGGGGUACUUUUUCUUUUGCGAGCUGUUUAGAUUUGGCAUCAUGCAGUUAAGCAGGUGUUGAGGGAAAGCUAAGAGAAUGAAGGCUCUAAGUCCCCAGUGGAAGCAUGAUAUGGCGGAGCAGAGCUGGUGCUGAAUUGUUCUCUCUGAUGGCUCUAUGGGAGUGGAUAGCACUGAGUCUUCAUUGCUGGGUUUUAGCAGUUGCUGCUGUUUCGGAUCAGCAUGCCACAAGCCCCUUCGACUGGCUCCUGUCUGAUAAGGGACCCUUCCAUCGUUCACAGGAAUACACAGAUUUUGUGGACAGAAGCCGGCAGGGAUUUAGCACAAGAUACAAGAUAUACAGGGAGUUUGGCCGCUGGAAAGUAAAUAACCUUGCAGUUGAGAGAAGAAAUUUCCUUGGCUCCCCUCUGCCUCUUGCCCCUGAAUUCUUCCGCAACAUAAGACUUUUGGGACGUCGGCCUACCCUUCAGCAAAUCACAGAAAACCUUAUCAAGAAAUAUGGGACACAUUUCUUGCUAUCUGCUACUCUGGGAGGAGAGGAGUCACUCACAAUUUUUGUGGACAAGCGGAAGCUGAGCAAACGAUCUGAAGGAAGUGAUCCCAGCGCCAACAGCUCCUCGGUCACUCUGGAGACGCUACAUCAACUAGCUGCUUCCUAUUUCAUUGACAGGGACAGCACCCUUCGGAGACUUCACCACAUUCAAAUUGCAUCCACUGCCAUAAAGGUAACAGAAACACGGACGGGUCCUCUUGGCUGUAGUAACUAUGACAACCUAGAUUCUGUCAGUUCUGUUCUGGUUCAGAGUCCUGAGAAUAAGAUUCAGUUGCAAGGGCUGCAAGUACUCCUUCCAGACUACCUUCAGGAGCAUUUUGUACAAGCAGCUUUGAGCUACAUUGCUUGCAAUUCAGAGGGAGAGUUUAUCUGCAAGGACAAUGACUGCUGGUGUCAGUGUGGUCCCAAAUUUCCAGAAUGCAACUGCCCCUCCAUGGACAUUCAAGCCAUGGAGGAGAAUCUUCUUCGCAUAACUGAAACCUGGAAAUCCUACAACAUCGACUUUGAGGAAUCAGAUGAAUUCAAGUUCUUUAUGAAAAGGCUACCCAUGAAUUAUUUCCUCAACACGUCUACCAUAAUGCAUUUGUGGACAAUGGACUCUAAUUUUCAGCGCCGCUAUGAACAACUGGAGAACAGCAUGAAGCAACUUUUCCUAAAGGCACAGAAAAUUGUACACAAGCUCUUUAGCCUUAGCAAGAGAUGUCAUAAACAACCCCUCAUCAGCUUGCCAAGACAAAGAACCUCAACCUAUUGGCUCACUCGCAUCCAGUCUUUUCUCUACUGCAAUGAGAAUGGGCUCCUGGGCAGCUUUUCAGAAGAGACACACUCGUGCACGUGUCCCAACGACCAGGUGGUCUGCACGGCCUUCCUGCCCUGCACGGUGGGCGAUGCGUCCGCGUGCCUCACCUGCGCCCCUGACAACCGCACCCGCUGCGGCACCUGCAACACGGGCUACAUGCUCAGCCAGGGGCUCUGCAAGCCCGAGGUCGCCGAGUCCACCGAUCAUUACAUCGGCUUCGAGACCGACCUGCAAGAUCUCGAGAUGAAGUACCUGUUGCAGAAAACGGACAGGCGACUAGAGGUCCAUGCCAUCUUCAUCAGCAACGACAUGCGCCUCAACAGCUGGUUCGACCCCUCCUGGCGGAAGCGGAUGCUCCUCACCUUGAAGAGCAACAAGUACAAGUCGAGCCUGGUGCACAUGAUCCUGGGUCUCUCUUUACAGAUUUGCUUAACUAAAAACAGCACCCUGGAGCCGGUGUUGGCCGUUUACGUCAAUCCCUUCGGAGGCAGCCACUCUGAGAGCUGGUUUAUGCCUGUGGAUGAAAACAGCUUCCCCGACUGGGAGCGGACUAAGCUGGACCUCCCCCUGCAGUGUUACAACUGGUCGCUGACUCUGGGGAACAAGUGGAAGACAUUUUUUGAGACAGUGCACAUCUACCUGAGGAGUCGCAUCAAGUCAAAUGGCCCCAACGGCAACGAGAGCAUUUACUACGAACCUCUGGAGUUUAUCGACCCUUCCCGGAACCUGGGUUAUAUGAAAAUCAAUAACAUUCAAGUGUUUGGCUACAGCAUGCACUUUGACCCGGAAGCAAUUCGGGACCUGAUUCUGCAGCUGGACUACCCCUAUACUCAGGGAUCCCAGGACUCAGCACUUUUGCAACUUCUAGAGAUAAGAGACCGUGUAAAUAAACUCUCCCCACCCGGUCAGCGUCGUCUAGAUCUUUUCUCUUGCUUGCUUCGUCAUAGACUCAAGCUGUCUACUAGUGAGGUGGUGAGGAUCCAAUCUGCUCUGCAGGCGUUUAAUGCCAAAUUGCCAAACACAGUGGAUUAUGACACGACCAAAUUAUGUAGUUAACCAUAAAUGUCAAGCACAACCCAAAAUCUUGAAGGAGUUUUUACAGUGCUUUUGUGGAACGGUUUAUGUUUGGAAGAGUAAAUUUAAAUUGUCUUUUCAAUAUCUGUCUUAUAUCAGUCAAUAACAUUGGAUGGCAAUUUACACACAUGAACUUGCUGACAAUGAAUAUAUUAUACUGCAGUUUUGGUUUCUGAAUGAAAUAAAUACUGACACCAGUCUAGAAGACAUUCUACUUUUUACAAUAAAUUUCAUUUGUAAUUUUAUAUGUUCCGUGGCAAUGCUUUUGUGCAUUACAUCCUCUAGAGGGAACAUAAAAAGAUACCAAUAAAAUUUUGUAGUUGAACAGUUAUUAAAAAGAA